AUGAAAUCUGAAAUAAAGGCACUGGAAGAGAACAACGCUUGGUCUCUUACACUUUGUCCUGCUGGAGCUACACUCAUCGACUGCAAGUGGGUUUUCAAAGCAAAGUAUAGAGUAGAUGGAAGUGUUGAAGGGAAAAAGGCAUGGUUGGUAGCCAAAGGCUAUGCACAUGUUAAAGGGAACUCUCAAGAACAACUAAAUCAGCUAAAGGAAUACUUGAACAGUAUAUUUCACAUGAAAGAUCUUUGUGAAUUGAAAUAUUUUUUGGGAAUUGAAUUGUCAAGGUCCAAGCAAGGCAUUUACCUCUGUCAACGGGAGGAAACAGGUUGUAUUGGUGUUAGGCCUAUACAAAUACCUAUGGGACAGCAGAAAUAUAUUGGAACAGAGGAUGGGGAACUGCUGGAAGAUCCUGCUAUGUACGGACAGCUUGUAGGAAGGCUAAUCUACCUUACAGUAACCUGA